CCAUGGACUGAAAAUGAAAAUGAGGAUGAUGGGUAUUAUAGAACUCUACCACGUUACUAAACUAAUAUUUUACCAUUGAUUUCUCAUGAAAAUUGGUUAAGAUUAGAAGAUUAUACAAGAUUAUAAAUAUAUUAACAAAUAAAUGAAUGGAGUAAUAGUACAGAAUAAGGGCUUUAUGUCUUAUUAAGUAACCCAAAAGACUAGGAAGUUAUGCAGGAAAUAGCCGAAAGAAUGAUAUAUAGUAAGAACCUGCCAAAUAGUCCUGAUUUAAUCAGUUUAAUCUUAGAUUAUUCUUUAAGGUAAGAGAUUAAGGAGUAUUAGUUUAGUUAUAUUUAAGAAUUGUUUAUCUCUUUAUUUUAGCGCUCAGAACAAUUAGCCUUUAAACAUUUAAGUUAAAUGAAGCUAUAGAAAAGUUAAGUUUAUAUUCUUUAUGGAAUGGUUUUGAAAAAGAAUUAAUCAAGCAAAUCAUUAAAUUAACUAUUGCACUAUUGUGAGAAUAAUUCCAUAGUUCUUGAUAAUUAAAUAUACUAAACACCGUUAAAAUGCCCAGAAGGCUUAGAGAAUUAUUAUAAAGCCUUGUCUAAACCCUAUUACAUAGUUUUUACUUUGUCUCAGUAUUAAGAAUUUUAUAAAUAAAUACCUUUGACUAUGGAAUAAAAAACUAAACAUUUAUAAUUAUUCCUUGAAAAUGGGCUACAUGAAAAAUUAUAAUUUAUACUUAGGUAAGGGGAUUUCAGUUUUGAAACAUAUAGUACAGCAUACUUUCAAAUGGUGAAAUCCUUUUUAGAGGAGGAAUUAUCUAUCAAAUUUGAUAAUUAAGAUACAGAUGGAGAUAAAGUAAAACAGAUGGAUGAAAACGGAAAUUAAACUGUUAAAAUAAUACUAAUAAAUAUCUAUUUUUUGAUCUUAAACCUAACGAAUUAAAAUUCAAAUAGUUGA